AUGAAGUUUACCGCUGUUACACUCCUCACUCUGGCUGCGGGUGCCAUGGCAGCCCCGGUUGCUGAAGCGGCUCCGGAAGCAGCACCAGGAUAUACUACCUACGGCGAUUACAAGGGAGCAGGUGAAGACCUGCCAUCUUAUCCUAGCUACGGAAGCUAUGGUGCAAAGCCCAAGCCCAAGCCUAAGCCUGCCCCAGCUCCUAAGAAGUAUACCAACUAUGGAAGCUACAACUACAAGAAAUACUCAAGCUACGGCCAUUACAAGCGUGAGGCCGAACCUGAGGCUGCUCCCGAAGCCGCUCCUGGAUAUACUACUUAUGGAGAUUAUAAGGGCGCCGGCGAAGACCUCCCAUCUUACCCAAGCUACGGAAGCUAUGGCGCAAAGCCCAAGCCCAAGCCCAAGCCGGCUCCCAAGAAGUACACAAACUACGGAAGCUACAACUAUAAGAAGUACUCAUCUUACGGCCAUUAUAAGCGUGAAGCUGAGCCCGAGGCUGCUCCUGAGGCUGAGCCAGAGAGCUACUCCAAGUACGGCUCAUACCCUAAGAAAUACACCCACUACGGAUCUUACAACUAUAAGAAGUACGGCUCAUAUGGUGCUUACAAGCGCGCCAAGGAGUUCAUCAACUCUCUCUUCUAA